UCUUCGGAAGUCCUGAAUGUUCUUAAGAUAAUAUUUACAAUCGUAUAAACCCACAAUUUAUUGUUUAUUAUUUAUAUUUUAUUUUUCUUAGAUUUCUAGAUGUUCAGGUACCUCAUGCUGCGUUAAAAAACGCUCGAUAAUUAUUUCUGCCGCCCGAGGACUUUCAAAUUCACCGGUUGCCUCCUCCGGUUCCCGCGUUUUUCGAAUCGAAAAGACUACGCUUCCCCUCAAAUUAAUAGAAAUUAAAUCACGCUGAUUACAGCUUUUUGAAAACCAACCGAUAAUACCCCAACAGUUGCCUGGGACCCUCUCCAGGCGAUACGUCUCAUUACAAUUGUCUUCAUUACCUCAUAUUUAUUAUUCGAUCGUUGUUACAAGGACUCAGUGACAUUUUAUUUAUAAUUUUUCGUCGGCUUCGCUUUCAAGUGAAAAAUAUGCGGGAGAUUGUGCAUGUGCAGACUGGCCAGUGCGGCAAUCAAAUUGGUUGCAAAUUUUGGGAAGUGAUCUCAGUGGAACAUGGCAUCGAACCUGAUGGAUGUUACAAGGGCCCUGAUAAGGGCAUCCAGCUGGAUCGCAUCAGUGUGUACUACGAUCAGGCAGCCAGGGGACAUUAUGUUCCGCGAUCGGUCCUCGUGGAUUUGGAGCCAGGAACGAUGGACGCAGCCAAGGCUGGGGCUUACGGUCGUCUCUUCCGCCCGGACAACUACGUUUUCGGCCAGAGUGGAGCGGGAAACAACUGGGCCAAGGGCCACUACACCGAGGGCGCAGAGCUCGUCGAUGCCGUUCUCGAUGUCAUCAGGAAGGAGUCAGAACAUUGUGACUGCCUACAGGGCUUUCAAUUGUGUCACUCGUUGGGAGGGGGUACUGGCUCUGGUAUGGGGACACUGUUGCUGUCCAAAAUAAAAGAGGAAUUUCCAGACAGGAUUCUGACGUCCUUUAGUGUUGGUCCAAGUCCGAAAGUCUCGGAUACUGUAGUGGAACCGUACAAUGCAACCCUCUCGGUGCAUCAACUGAUCGAAUUAACCGAUAACACAGUCUGCAUUGAUAACGAGGCCCUUUACAAUAUUUGCUUCAGGACCCUGAAGCUCUCCACUCCAUCCUACAAGGAUUUAAAUCACCUCGUGUGCCUCACCAUGUCUGGUGUGACAACAAGCCUAAGAUUUCCUGGCCAGCUCAAUGCAGACCUACGAAAAUUAUCAGUGAACAUGGUACCCUUUCCGCGUCUUCAUUUCUUCGUGCCAGGUUUUGCGCCUCUAACAGCGAGUUCCAGCAAAGAUUAUCGUCCAAUAUCAGUGAGUGAGCUGACACAGCAGAUGUUCGACCCCAAGAAUAUGAUGACAGACUGCGAUCCCAAUCAUGGCAAGUACCUAACUGUGGCCGCCAUUUUCAGGGGUAAAUUGUCAAUGAAAGAAGUGGACGAGCAAAUGCUCGGUGUCCAGUUUAAAAAUUCAGCUAAAUUUGUGGAGUGGAUUCCGCAAAAUAUCAAGACAGCUGUCUGUGAUAUUCCACCAACUGGAAUGCUCAUGUCUGGAACAUUCCUGGGGAACACGACCUCCAUUCAAGAACUGUUUAAAAGAAUUUCUGAACAAUUCAAUGCUAUGUUCAGACGCAGGGCUUUUCUCCAUUGGUACACUGGAGAGGGAAUGGAUGAGAUGGAAUUCACUGAGGCUGAGUCCAACAUGUCUGAUCUGGUAUCAGAAUAUCAGCAGUAUCAAGAGGCGGAAAUUGAUGACGAGAUGUAUGUCCAGGAGGAGGAGGAGGAGGAUGAAGAGGAGCAACACUCGGAGUAAACAUUCCACGUAUUGUAUUAAAGUUAUUCAUUUUGGAUAAUUUUUUUCUACGUAAUUUAUUGGAUAGAGAACCGAUACAGGGGUAGGCAAGUGGUAGAACCUGAUGCGAAAUUUUUUAUCCCCCUAGGAAAUUAAUUGAAUUAUUUCGUCUUUUUCAAUUCGACUAAUCCAAACGCAGUAUCCGGGGGUACGUACCACGUUCAACGAAUUAAAACACAACUUUGGACGCCACUCCACCAUUUUCUAUCGAAUAAUUCCGUCCAACAUUUAUUUUAUUGGAUAAAAAUUGAAAAAUGUAUUAGAAGUCUGAAGAAAUUGUUAUCUGCUUAUUUAUAUAGAGAGUUAGAUAGAGAUCGAGUUUAGCUAAUUAUUUGCUAGAUUGUGUGUGAAUUAGAAAGAAGUAGCGGAGUGAGAAGAGAAAAGAGAGUUAUUUACAAAUGUGAUUGAUUUUCACGAAAGUUUAUUAACAAAAAUAAUGAAAAUUUGUACAAAAGAAAUAAAAUGUUAGGCCAAUUGCAAAAUCAUUUUAAGGGGCUGUGAAUAUUUUGAAAAAUAGUGAGUGUGAUGACUUUAUUGAUCAACUUUUGAAAUUAUGUUACAUAAACUGUAGAAUAAAUGAUCUACACCAAGCAGUUACGAUAUAGCUCAUGUAGUGGAGACGAAAAGAAUAAGCUCAAACAAUAAUAUAAUCACCUCAGAAUUAUUCUAGUUAUGUUCUUAAUGUGAUAGAGUAAUAAUCAAUUCUAGUCUGAACGAUUUCAUUUCAAGACAAAAAUACCAGAAAAUUAUUGAAACGGGGGAUAUUCACCCUGAAAUUAAUCACGACUAAUCAAGUCUUACGCUAUAAAAUUUAUAAAUCAGAGUAAACCUACAUGAUUAAAUUCUAAUACCAUUGCUGUAAA